AUGGAAGAGAACAGGGCAAAGCUGAAUUCGCCUAAGCAAGUCCAAGACAUCAAGCAGUUCCUCGAGAUCGCCCGCAGAAAGGACGCCAAGUCCGGCCGCAUCAAGAAGAACGGCAGCCAGAUCAAGUUCAAGGUCCGCUGCUCGCGCUACUUGUACACCUUGGUCAUCAACGAUGCCGCCAAGGCCGAGAAGCUUAAGCAGUCUCUUCCCCCCACCCUCUUGAUCGAGAACAUCAAGAACUAA